AUGAGUCUCUCCCGUGACGAGCAAAUCGCCGAAUACGGCUGGACUGCUCUUUCCUGCGAUCCUGAACAAUGGGGCGGCAACAAGAAGAACAAUCAUGAUCCUGUAGUCCAGCUCUGCAGUCAAGUGCAUCUACCGGAUACACCUUUAAUUAAAGCUGCCAUGGAGUACGUCAAGAAUGAAUUGCCAGAGCACACCUUCAACCAUAGCAUGCGCGUAUUUUAUUACGGUAAGCACAUUUGCAUUGUCCUUUCGAAAACAAAAGCUAAAAGAAGCGAUCAGNGCAUGGCAAUAGCCACCCAGCAGUUCCCAAGUUGGAAGUUUAGCCCAGAGACAUGGUUACUGACCUGCUUGUUCCACGAUAUCGGUACUGCAGAUAAGCACACUCACGGCACAUUCAUGUCGUUCGAGUUCUAUGGCGGAUACCUAGCCAUGGAAACACUCAGAAAGUUCAAUGCUCCGGCUGCUCAAGCAGAGUCUGUGGCUGAAGCUAUCAUCCGUCAUCAAGAUCCUGUAGAGACGGGUACUAUCACCACCAUUGGCUUGCUGAUUCAACUGGCUACUCAAUUCGACAAUAUGGGAUACCAUCCGGAGUAUGUUCAUCCAGAUACAAUCAAGGAUGUUGUGGAAAACUAUCCUCGCCGUGGCUGGUCUGGCUGCUUUUCGAAGAAGAUCAGAGAGGAGGUUACGGUCAAGCCUUGGUGUCAUACUACUGCUUCGACGGAGAAGUUCCCACAUGAUGUGGAGCACAACGAGCUGAUGGCUCCAUAUGAUGACAGAUAUUAG